GUAUAAUUUAAUGCAUUUUCAUAAUUAGGGGAACAUCGAGAUUACAAUAACUUGUCACCCAUUUGCAGACAUGCGCAUCAUUCUCCUGUCUCAUGGCUUGAUCGACGAAGCCGUCACAAGUUAAACAAUCAGCUACCCCAGAAUUCAACUACCCCUUCAAAUUUAAUCUCAGAUAUUAUCCAACUGAAGUUGAUGAAUGGACACUGAUUCAGAUAAAGAUUUAAUAAGUGAUUUGCCUCAAAGUAUCAUAGAAACCAUCCUCAUAAAAGUUCCAUUACUCGAUGCUGUAAGGACAAGCAUAUUGUCAAGAAAAUGGAGAUACAAGUGGGCAACCAUUACACAGCUUGUUUUUAAUGACACAUGUCUGACUCCUUCCCAUGACAAAUCAAUUAUCAGUUGCAAUCUUGUAAAUUUCAUUACCCGUUGCCUGUUUCUUCAUGACGGACCGAUUCACAAAUUUGAAUUGAAUACUAACUACUCACCAACUUCUCCUGAUUUAGAUCAAUGGCUACUUUUCCUUUCUCGUAAAGAUAUCAAAGAGUUGGUUGUUGAUAUAGGAGAAGAUGACUGGUUUAGAGCACCUUCUUGUCUGUUCUUUUGUCCUAAGUUGACUCAUUUGGUGCUUGUUCGAUGUGAAUUAAACCCUCCUCCAAAUUUCAAAGGCUUCUUGUGUUUGAAGCACCUUAGUCUCCAGCAAGUUAUCAUUCCUCCACAUGAUAUUGAAAUUCUGAUCUCCAGUUGCCCUCUUCUUGAGAGCUUGACAUUGUCAUAUUUUGACAGUUUGGAGCUUACUAUUCGAGCUCCAAAUCUCAAAUAUUUGAAUUUGGAAGGCGAAUUUAAGGAUAUUCGGCUCGAGAAUACUCCACAUCUGGUUGGUAUUUCAGUUGCUAUGUAUAUGACUGAUGAUAUAGCUGAGCACUUUGAACAAAGCUCAGGUUGCAAUUUUGACAAAUUUCUUGGUGGUGUUCCUCGCCUUGAGAGGCUUAUUGGCCAUAUUUACUUCACUAAAUAUUUGAGUAUAGGUAAUGAGCAAGGAAGCUUUCCCGUUAUGUAUCAAAAUCUGAAGUUCAUUGAACUGUACCAAGUUAGUUUUGAAGACAUGAAAGAGUUACUUGUUGUGCUUCGCUUGAUUGUGAGCUCCCCUAAUCUAGAGGAACUUCAAAUAUCAAGUUCCUCAAUUACAACUACGACGGAUAUUUAUGAUCUGGACUUUUGGGAGAAAGACUGGCCUGCUGACUGCACUUUCAGUAAACUGAAGAUUGUGCAUAUGACUGAUUUCUCCGGUCUUCCGCAUGAAAUCGCAUUUAUCAAAUUCUUACUUGGACAUUCGCCUGUUCUUGAACAAAUGAUUGUUGCUCCUACCAUAUAUGUCACGGAUAAAGUGGUGAAAAUGUUGAUCGAUUUGUUAACUUUUCGACGGGCUUCUCCUCUAGCUACAGUCAAAUUUGUGCAAGAGCCAUUGUAGGAUGCAGUUCGUUCAUGUAUAAGAUGUAUGUUCUUUCCUCGUUGUUGCUCCAUUCUUUUCUUUUUGCCCCUAUAGAAAAGAAAAUUGAUCUGUAACAUGAUAUUUUCAGUUCACGGCUUUUUACUCUUAUGGAUUUCAUACUAGAUGUUUUGAUUUUUCAAAAAUUUUAUACAAUGUUUAGUCAGAAAAGAUUUGUGUAUUUGAUAUAGAGGAACAAAUUAAAGGAGGAAAGGGCUGAUAUUUUGACAUUCCUGGUAGUGAAAGAAAAUGUCUAUAUACAAAUAGUAGUAUGGUGAUUAUA